AUGAGUGCAGUGGCAGCGCAACCCGAGGCUGAGGCGCCUCCAGAGCGGUUCCCACCACGAUCGGUGCACUAUUGCGAGAUAUGUACUUUUCCGUAUGAGUAUUGCGAAUACGGCUCGUCGUUGACCAAGUGCAAGGCGAACUUGGAAUCGCGUGACCCAGUCUUGUUCAGCAGUUUGUACUCGGAGGAGGCGAUCACGGACAAGCUCAAGUCGCUUACUACCGAGCAGGCCGAAUCGCUUGAGCGUGAAAGUGCGAAGCGUGAGCGCAAGGCGGAAGCGAAGGCGGAAAAAGAGCGCGCGCAGCUUGCGUCGUCCAAGGUGAUUCUUUCGCGUGUCGCGCGUACAAAGCGUAAAGUUAUUACAUGUAUCACUGGAUUGCAUCUUUUCUCUCCGCCGCUGCCUGCAUUGAAAGUGAUUGCAAAAGGACUUUCCUCGCGUUUUGCGACGGGCGCAUCGGUCUCGCAGAGUAUCCAGAACCCUGGAGUUGACGAGAUUCAUAUCCAGGGAGAUGUUCUGGAUGAGGUGAAGAAAAUGCUUCUGCAGCGCGCUAAACCGUUUGAGAAGAUGCCGUCUGUCGAGGACGGCGGCCUGUUAGAAAAGAAUAUUGUCAUUGACGAAAAGGCCAAGUAG